AUGGCGGCCGAAGUCCAACUAGUGCAGCCUCUUAAGCUGCCAAAGGGCCCCUCUACCCUCACAUCAGAGCAAAAAUACUGGAAUUCCUUCACCUCGGAGCUCCGUCUCGACCCUUCGCAGCACUCGUCGCCCGUAACCUCUAUUUCGAUACCGCCUGCACCAACCUCCAAUGCGCUUUCUGCGGCCCAAGAACUGUUCGCGGUGACUACUGGGCCACGCGUGCAGAUAUUCUCGUCAAAGACGCGCAAAGUUGUAAAGACCAUCUCGCGCUUCAAUGUGGAUGAUGUUGCGCAUUCAGGACAUAUCAGGCGUGAUGGGCGCAUUUUGGUAGCGGGAGGAGACAGCGGUGCGAUUCAGGCAUUCGAUGUAAAGAGCAGGGCUAUCUUGAAGACAUGGAAAGAACACAAGCAGCCGGUUUGGGUCACGCAAUGGCAUCCAACCGAAUUGACCGAUCUGAUGAGUUGUUCCGACGACAGGACGGUGCGUUUGUGGGAUCUACCGAGCGACAAGAGUGUCAUGAAGUUUGAUGGACAUCAAGAUUACGUGCGCUGUGGUUCGUUCAUGCCAGCGCAAAGUGGGCUGUUGGUGUCGGGAAGUUAUGAUCAGACGGUACGCCUAUGGGAUUCAAGAGCAGGUGGAAAAGCAGUCAUGGUGUUCAAGCAUGCAGCUCCUAUUGAGGCUGUGUUGCCCAUGCCUUCUGGAACCGCUGUGCUAGCUACAAGCGACAACGUCAUUAGCGUUCUCGACAUUGUGGCUGCGAAACCUAUCCACAUGUUGCGCAAUCACCAAAAGACAGUCACUGCACUCUCGCUCGCUAAUAACGGCGAAAGGCUUCUAUCUGGUGGCUUGGACGGCCAUGUCAAAAUCUUCGAGACAACCGGCUGGAACGUAGUCAGUGGCCUGAAAUACCCCUCCCCCAUCCUCUCUUUGAGCGUGAUCCCAUCCGCCAAAGAAGACAAGCACAUCGCCGUGGGUAUGCAAUCCGGACUCUUGUCCAUCAAGACCCAUCUCUCCGGCGAACAAAAGGCCCAAGCUCGCGAAAGAGAAAAGGAAAUGAAAGCCCUGAUGGAAGGCAAGAUUGAAGAAUACGAUCGAAGCAAGAAGCGCAAACGAGGCAAGGGCUGGGAAAAGCGUCUUCGCGGCAAAGAUUUCACCGGCGAAACAGCCGACAUCGUCAUCGAGGGUAACGCAAGGGGAAGAAUAAACCAAGGUCUACCAUGGGCGCAUGCGCUACGGGCAGGACAAUACUCGAAAGCAUUGGACAUGGUCUUGGAAACAAAGGACUCCAACGCCCGCGCCCAGUCCCUCACCCUCCUCACCGCCCUAACCCACCGCUCCGCCCUCCGCGCCGCCCUCAAGAACCGCGACGAAGCCACCCUCCAGCCCAUCCUCCGCUGGCUCAUCAAAAACAUCUCAGACUACCGCAUCACCCGGCUGACGACGGAUGUCGCCCUCGUCGUGCUCGAUUUGUAUGCCGAUCAGUUGGGCCGCAGCGAGGAGAUUGACGGCCUGGUCGAUGCGCUGACGCAAAAGGUUAAGAUGACGGUUGAGGCUAGUCAGAUUGCGUGGAGUGUUAGGGGUAUGGUGGAUAUGUUGCAGGCAAGUGCGGUGGUGGGGGAGAAGGGGUUCGAUGCUAUUUGA